AUGAAGGGUGCUACCCUCCUCCUUCAGCACUCAGUGAGGUUCUAUCACCACAAUGUAACAGAGCAAAACGCCGCUAUAUACCCGAAGAGUGAGGUUGGCAACCGUGAUCCUAGUGCCUUUCAACUGGUAGUCGAUAUAAAGGCAAGCAGCGCUCGUGUCGCGACGGCAUACUGGACUGCAUUCAGCAUCAUGAAGUUGCACAUGUGCUUAAUGGUUAUCCUCUUCACCUCGGCCUUCGGAGCGAAGGAGGAGAAGAAGAAGGAGAAAAAAGAUCCUCAGGAGAAGGCCUCAGUCGGUAAGACAGAGAAGCGCGGUGUUGAGGAACUGAUCUACGUCCCUCAAGGACAUGACGACCACAAGCUGAUCGGUGGUUACGCGGGCGGGUACGGCUACGGGGACGCAGGGUACGAGUUGGGAGGCCAGCACAGCCUGGGCUUGCUGGGAUACGGGGACCACAACUUGAAUCCCUCCAGCCGCAUCAAAAGCAUCGUCAUCACAAAGGAAGUGGCAAUUCCUGUCCCUCAGCCGUAUCCAGUCCCGGUAGAGAAAACGAUCCCUUACCCCGUCAAAGUUCCCGUCCCAGUGCCUGUUGUGAAGCACUAUCCAGUUCCUGUGGUCAAACCUUACCCAGUCCCUGUAGAGAAGAAAGUGCCGUACCCAGUUGAGAAAAUUGUUCCGUACCCUGUGAAGGUUCCUGUAGAGGUCCCUGUCCAAGUCCCUCAUCCUGUGCCUGUAGCUAAGCCUUAUCCAGUGCCUGUGCAAGUUCCCCACCCAGUCUCUGUCCCUCACCCUGUAAUAGUGAAGAAACUGCAGCCAUUUCUCCUGGAGCACGGCGAUCUCUCUGGCGGCUACGUGGGUCUUGGCAGCCAUCAGAGCGCAGCCGUGGACUACAGUUACGAGGGCCUCGGCGAUGGCUACGCGUUCACAGGAAGCUCUGACGGAGUGUACACCCAGGGCGGAUACCAUUAG